GAUACGAAUAUACGAUGAAAUUAACUCCAAAGUGCACAUGGCUUUAGUCGCAUAGUUCAUAGUAACGAGUCAUUACUAAAUUAAUGGGCCAACUAGCAAAGAUGACAAGAUAUUAUAUUUUUCUAAUUUUCUAAUUAUUGUGGUUUUUUAUUUUUACAUUGUUAUCUUCUUAAGAAUAUUUUACCUGGUAUAUGGUACUAUGGUAGUUAUAUUAUCAAAUGUAUUUCCCGCGGAUUUUCACCCAGCAGCAGCUAUCAGCUCAAUGCUCAAUAUUGUUUUUAUUUUUAAUUUUGUAUUUUUGUUUUGUAAUCCGCUACUUGAUAGUUGGUGAUCACUAUUCAUUAGUUCAUAAUCACUCAAAUCUUUGUUCUAACAGUUGUCGGAUACUAUUACUCGGUUAGUCUGUUAAUGAGUUGUCGGCUGUUGAUUUCCAUUGCUUCUAUAUUAAUUAUUUCGUAUAUUCUGUAGUAUUUCUAUUUUAGAUUUGGUUUAGUUUUCUUGAAUACUCCUCAAUAUUCAAUAGCAGUAAUAAUUACUAUUUAUUAAAAUAGUUGUACGUUAACAGCACUAAACACUACACGGUUAUUGUGAUCAUUUACUGUGUAACCACUAUGGAUUCAACGGUUUCCGUGUCAAAGGGAUGUUUUGUGUUUAAAAAACCAAACAAAGAAAAGAACAAUAAAAGAAGAAGCAAAAAACAACUGACAACCAAUCAACCAGAAGCUGAGUUAUGGCAUACUACAUACAUUGAUGUUUGGAAUAAUAUUAAAUCUAAAAUUGAUGAUUUAAAUGGAUCAAUAUAUUCCAAGUUUAUUUCAGACACAGUAAAUUUCAUGACAAAAUCAAACAUUACUACAAAUCAAAGCAUUCCAACUGCAUGUUUACUGACAGGAGUGAAUUUACCGGAUCAUGAAUCAUUAUUUGGAUUAUUAGCGACCAACUUAGAAAAAUCCCAACCGCCUGUUAUUGUUGCAACACUAUUUUCUGAACACUUUUCUAGUGUCAAAAAUGCAGUUAUAAGUAUGGUGUCACAAUUAUUACAUACAGAUGAUGAUGAAUCCGAUUCUGAUGAAGAAAUGGAUGAAAGCUUAAAUUUUGUUGUUAAGCGAUCUGAAUGUACUAUAUCUAAUUUAAUUGAAUGGUAUAGUAAUCAACCAAAUGGAACUCGUAUAGCAGUUCUAGUAAAAGAUUAUGAAAUGUGUCAGCAAACAGUCUUGCAAAAUUUCAUUUUACUUUUAAGUUGCUAUAUCAAAGAAAUCCCAAUUGUAAUGGCUAUUGGUAUUGCUACUUCUAUCUCAAACUUACACAAUUCUCUGCCUCAUCAUGUGGUCACCAAACUUAAAGUGAAAAUGUUUGUUAGUGAAGCAUCUGUAGUAUUUUUAAACAAUAUUAUGGAUCAGGUAUUUUUAAAACCAGACUGUUCAUUCUACUUAGGUGGACGUAUUUUGGAUUAUGUAACUGAAGUGUUUUUGUACUAUAAUUUCUCUAUCAAACAGUUUAUAGAAAGUCUUAAGUUUUGCCUCAUAGAACAUUUUUACAGAAAGCCUCUUAAUUGCAUAUGUGUUGCUCAUGAGUCAGCACAAGAAGCUUUAUUUAAUUCUUUAGAUAAAAAAACAUUAGAAGAAAUCACAAAACUGCGUUCAACCAAUUAUAAAUUAAAAAUUGAUAGCAAUUUUAAGGAAAAUUUUCUUCGAUUAAUUAGAGAGUUAAAAGCUUGUAUCAAUGAUUUUUAUAUUGGAUUAAGAGUAUUACACAUUUUAGUGGCAGAUUUACCACAUUCACCAUUAGGAACUAAACUCAGAGAAAUGUAUUGUACUGCAAUGAAGAAACAUAUAAUUGACGAUACAUCUUAUAAAACAUGUCUACAACUAUUAAAAUUUUUGUCCAAAGAUGAUUUACUUGCAAAAUUUGACAAAAUAAUUCAUGUGUUGAAGAAUGUAAAAAAUAAUCAACGAACAAAAGAUGCUUUAAAAUUAGUUCAAAGUUAUGUAAAAAGUUUAGAAGAGUCCCAUUUAAAUAAUUUAGUUAUUGAAAAAGAGAAACCUAAAGAGAAACCCAAAGAAAGUUUACAAGCUAUAUCAAGAUCACAGUUUAAAAAAAUACUUAUAGAAAAUGUUAAAAAUGAAGAUAACCAGCCAAUGACUGAGUUUGAAAAAGCACGUUCAGAAACUUUAGAUAAUUUUACGGAAAUAAUAUUACGUCAAUUCCUUGUACCUCCAACAACCAUGCCUUUAAACGAAUUAUUGAUAUUUGAUGAUUUGCCAUCAAUUAAACGUAAAAUUGUUGGAGAAGAUAGAGCUGCUCAAUAUACAGCAUUUAUUAACCCACAACACUAUUUAUGUUGUGAUUGCUGUGAAUUGGAAUUUACUGAACAAAUAUUCAAAACCAUGCCAGAUAUAUCUAUUGUGUACAAAUUACAUUUAGAGUCAAGGUUUGACCAGAUUAACAUAUAUGAUUGGUUACAGAAAUUUAUUUCUAUUGUUGGUCCAAGUCAAAACGACAAUGAUAAUGAUGAUGAUAUAGAUCCAGUAUUACAAUCUCGAUUUGUGCGAGCUUUAAAUGAAUUGCAGCAUUUAGGGUAUAUACGACCGUCGAAGUACAAAGCAGAUCAUGUGCAGCGCCUUACAUGUGGAUCUUGUUAAUGACUAUGAGUAAUGAUUAAUAUUAGUUGUUGAUUAAUAAACUAAUAUAAUUAUUUUAAUUCCUAUUUAUUUUUCUCACUUUUUACCCAAAAAAAUAAAAAUAAUUAUUUUCCUUA